GCCAAGAAAGCAGUAAUCAACAUCAAGAAUUCUGAUAACAAAUGCUUCAUGUGGUCUGUCCUCGCCGCUCUUCAUCCAGUGAAACAGAGUGCAGAGAGAUUGCAUCAUUAUCAACAGUUUCAAGAUGAACUAGAUUUUGCUGGCAUCGAGUUUCCUGUUACUGUUGACAAGAUUGGAAAAUUUGAGCGUCAGAACAAUAUUUCCAUUAACGUGUUUGGCUUCGAAGACGUGCUUUUCCCCUUGUAUAUCACAAAAGAACACUUUAAUACCCAUGUGAAUCUGUUGCUAUACUCCCAGGGAGAACUAGCAUUACUAAUACCACAAGCAUUGAAAGUGCCCUUUGUGAUCUAUGCUGAUUUCGAAAGUCUUACAGCAAAGAUUGACUCAACCCCACCAAAUCCUGAAAAAUCCUCCACUGAAAAAUACCAACACCACCAACCAUGUGGAUUUUCCUACAUUGUUAUCCGACCAUGCGAAGUACUCCAAACCGCCUGUUGUGUAUCGUGGAGAAGCGCGUCGAUAAAUUCCUAG